AUGCAUUGUCAUUUUUUACUUAUUACAUUUUUAUACUUAUUAUAUCUGAGAGAACUAACAGAAGGAUAUGUUACAUAUAACAUUGUGAAAUCAAACUCUACAUUAUAUGCAGUGAAAAAAAAAAAAAAAAAAUCGUCCAAGUACAUUGAUAUUACCGUAAGCAGUGAUAAUGAAAUAGGAACAAAAGGCGAAAUAAAAAAAGUAAAAUUAUCCCAUGCUUUUAAUUAUAUUAUACCCCAAAAACUAGGCUAUAGAAGUACCAUUAAUGAAUUAGUGGACAAAGAAAAAAAUGAAAACACGCUUAGAUAUAUAGAUGAAAUAACCAAGAGUUUUAUAUGGGACUAUAAAAAGAAAUUAAAUGACUUAAUUGUUCCUUUUGAGUUUGAGAAAAACCAAAAUAUUCUUGUUACCCAGGAUAAUUUAUUAGAUUAUCUUCUUCGCAGAGGAAUUAUUAGAGAAAAUGAUGAUAUGUACCAAAAAAUAAAAAGCAAAAAAAUAAAGUUUUCAAAUUUUGGCGUCUAUCCCUUAAAAUAUACAUUUUUGGAUAAUAUUAGCAUAAAUAUUACUGUACAAAUAAUUGAAAGCAAAUAA